UCCACCAAACUACUGAUGGGAAAGUUUGUAUUGGUCGAACCAUACGGUAUUGAUAGUAAAGCAACCAAAGCAAUACCACAUGAGAAGAUGACACAAUCUAAGCGUUGGUGCAUUGUGAAUUUUUGUUUGCUGGCCUGUGGCAUUUGGCAAAUGACGAUAAACCAUGUUAGCGGACAAAUGCAGGAUAUUGCAACCUACGAAGAGGUGAAGGAUCUCCCCAACCAUCCCGAAAAAUAUUUAAUUGAUGUAAGAAGCCGCGAUAUGGUAGACACAGAUGGGUCUAUUCCAACAAGUAUUAAUAUACCAUUUACAGAAUUAGAAGACGCCUUAAAAAUGGAGGACAAUGAGUUUAAACAAAAGUAUGGCAGAGAUAAGCCAUCUAAGGAGGCUGUGGUAAUUUUUACUUGUUUGGGAGGACAAUAUGCCCAAAUGGGGGCCGAUUUAGCAAAAUCAAAGGGUUGGGGAAAAGCUAAGCCGUAUUUGGGUUCAUGGAUGGAAUGGUCUAAACGAGAGGGUCUGUAAAUCCUCAGAAUGGACUAGAUAAAACAAUCUUAUUUCAUUCAAAUACUAUUUUAAUCCUUAACAUUAUAUUUACGUACAUAUGCAUGUAUAUAUACAUAUACACUAUUUGCUUCUGUUAUGCAACUGUAAUAAACACGAGCUACGAAACGCAACUUUUGAA